AUGAGCGGCAUACCUAUCGUCGACUUCGGCGCGUUCCUGCACGGUGAAGCGGAGGAUCAGGAGAAGAUCGCCAAGGAGAUUGACGAUGCAUUUCGUGGUAUGGGCUUUGUCUACCUGAAAAACCAUGGCGUGAGGAAGGAGCUGGUAGAGGAGUGCUUUGCUUGGUCAAAGAAAUUCUUCGAUCUACCGCUUGAGACCAAGAUGCUGGCUCCGCAUCCGCCGGGUGGCAGUCAUCAUCGUGGAUACUCGGCGCCUGGAGUGGAGAAGACGCCUGAUUAUAAAGAGUCCUUUGAGUCUGGCAACGUGAAAGAUGAGGCUCAGCCAAAUAUCUGGCUUCCAGAAGAUAAGCUCCCAGGCUUUCGCGCAUUCAUGGAGAAGUACUUUGUCGAGUGCGCCAGUCUCAUCCACAGCAUCCUCGACGCUCUCUCCAUCGCUCUCAACGUUCCAGCACCAGGCCUCUCUCCGACCCAUUCGCAGUCGCUCUUCCAACUCCGGCUUCUUCACUACCCCUCCAUCGACGCCGAACAGCUACGCAACAAUGAGCGCAGCAGGAUCAACGCGCAUUCCGACUUUGGCACGCUCACUUUGCUAUUCCAGGACAACGUUGGAGGACUUGAAGUACAGGAACCUGCGAACCAAGGUACUUUCCGUGCUGCAGAGCCUAUCGAGGACACUGUGUUGGUCAACAUCGGAGAUCUCAUGGCGAGAUGGAGCAACGAUCGUUGGACAAGCAGUGUGCAUCGUGUUGGCCUACCUCCGGUCCUUCAAAAGGUCACUGAAGACGGCAAACGGAACGACAGGGAGAUAGUAGUACCAGAUCGCUACUCAAUCCCUGUGUUCGCGACACCAAAUAUGGAUACAGUUAUCGAUGCGUUGCCAGGUUGUUGGGAUGAAGAGAAGCCGAAGAAGUACGAGCCUGUAACCGCGUGGGGAUACGUACAGAUGCGGAUGGCUGCGUUGUAUGAGUCGUGA